AUGGCCUUUGGCGGACUUUUUUCGUAUAUAACUCGUAGUCGAGAGGGUGAUGAACCGGAACAUUGGCGGUACGUGCUGUGUAGUAUUCGGCAAGAAAUCAGUCGAGAAGAAGCGGCUCUGAAAGAACUUCGAACAGUUGAAACAGGACACCGGAAAAGAAGUCGUCUCACAGACUGGAUUACUCGCAAAUGGAAACGGCGGACAGGCGCCCCGUCGACACAUGUAACCACCUGGUCUGUCGACGACGUGUCUUUGUGGUUGAACUCACUGGGCCUGUCGCAUUACGCCAGUCAAUUCAAAGCAAACGACAUUCGUGGACAUGAGUUGAUACAUUUGGAACGAACGGAUAUGAGAGACCUAGGAGUGCUGAAGAUUGGACAUGCAAAAAGGCUGCAGUCUGCAAUUGCUGAGCUUCGGGAAAAAGAAGUGGAAUUGCGUCGUGAAAGUCGACGAAGUGGACGGAAGGGCACAAGUCUGUCGGUCGAACGUGCCCCAGUAGAACCUGCUCCAGAACUUCCCAGUUUGAGCAGUAUUUGA